UCCGCAUGCUUGUGGGCGUGCUGAGGUUGUUUAACCACUCCCAGCUUCGAUUAGACAAGGAACACACCUGUCGACAUUAUUUCCUGUAACAAGUGUUUGUUUCAUCUAAAUCUUGAACGUUUGGCGCAAGGGAAGCAAAGAUGGCAAGAGAGGAAGACGACACAGUAGAAUGCGGAGUGGCUUGUUACCAUCCUAGGUGGGCCCGAAGACUGGCCAAUGCUAAAUUGUUCUGUGUAGUUUGGUGUAUGACCAUCUUCACUCAAAGUGUUGCUGGGAUCGGCCUUCUCACUGCAGUGCUGUCCACUAUUGAGACGAGGUUCCAACUUGAAAGCAAAGACCUCGGGAUGAUCGCCAGUGCAGCGGACAUAGGGAGUACCCUUGGGUUAGUUUGGCUGUCCUACUACGGAGGUAGACCUGGAGUCAAUCGACCCAAAAUACUUGGUAUCUGCAUGUUGAUUUUUACCGUCGGUACCUUCGCAUUUGGCCUCCCCCAUUUCAUGACCCCUGCCUACGAUGUCGCGUCGGGCGCUGCAGCGAACGGAACACAGGAAACCAACAAGGACGUUUGUGCCUCAAACCGGAGUGCAUCUACCACAUGUGCAGCAGGGCAGGAGUCCGCGUCUUCCCCCUACACUGGCGUGUACGCCGUGCUCUUUUUGGCACAGAUUCUACAGGGUAUUGGCGUGGCUCCCGCCUAUCCUUUGGGAACGACUUACAUGGAUGAUUACGUGACAAAAAAGGCCCUCCCAUUCUACUUAGGUUUCUCUUACGUCAUGUAUGGGGUUGGACCAACAGCCGGGUUGUUCCUCGGCGGAUAUACCCUGAGUCGUUACGUGGACAUGGACAAGGGAGUCGACCCUGCCGCCCUCGGGCUGUCCCCGGGGAGCCCCCUCUGGGUCGGCGCCUGGUGGCUCGGCUACUUCGUCAUGAUGGGCGUCUUGGGUCUGGUCGCCUUUUGGCUGCUUCUGUUCCCAGCAGCAUUAAAAAAGCCAAUGGAAGAAAAUGAAAACGAGGAGGAAGACGUCAACAAUAUGCUUCCCGGAACAGAACCCCCCUCGACCUUUGACCCUGCUAAGACAUUGAAGCAACACGCAAAAGAAAUAAUGCUUGGUAUGAAAAAGGUCUUCAGCAACUGGCUGUUCAUGAGUAUCACCAUGGCUUUCGUGAGUUACAACGCUGCCGGAAACUCUUUUUCCUUCAUCCCUAAGUACAUGGAGACACAGCUCGGAAUGCACAAGGCUCAAGCCAGCUUUAUACUAGGACUGGUCUUUUUACCAUCCACUCUAUUCGGGCUGUUCGCAUCUUCCGCCAUAUUGCGACGGUUUCAGUUGGGCCCCCGUGGUUGUCUUUACAUGUCCACGGGUUUUUCGGUUCUUGCCCUGGUCUUCCUGGUCCCAGCUGGCUUCAUCAGCUGCCCCCGCCCUCCCAUCGCAGGGGUCAAUAUUCCCUACGGACACGGGUCAACUGAGUUCGAUCUCCAGCCCAGUCAUGUUUACAUGUAUAAUGUUUGGACGGCUAACGUUUCCCUGGCCAGACUCCCCGGCGGCAUCGCCCUGACAUCCCCCUGCAAUGCUGACUGUGGCUGCAAGUUGGACAGGUACCGGCCCGUCUGUGCGUCUGAUGGCAUCACUUACUUCUCGGGCUGCCACGCGAGAUGUCGCGAGAGUCAGAGUGUAGCCGGCCCCGGAGGGAUACAACUGGCCAGUUAUUCAAACUGUGGCUGUGUGACAUCCAACCUACAAAGCAUCACGGGAGGAAGUACCACGCAGCUGCCUGGUACGCAAACCAUCAUGGUGGCCAUGGACGAGUCGACUGGAUAUUUUGCAUCAGUUUGGGCAACUCCGAAUCCUGAAAAUUUCACACCAGACGGAGUUGCAGACACGGCAAAUGUCUCUCAGACGGACCGUCGCACCGUUACGGUGACUUCGGAGCCAAACGCCUACACUAACCUCUCAUCUUCAGUACAAAGAAGGCCGAGCACCUCCGCCUUUUCCAUCCCGUGUCCCACAAAAUGCAUCUCCUCGCGGUCCUUCCUUGCCCUUCUGACACUACACCUUGUUUUCCGUGCGAUGGUUGCUGUGCCGAUUGUCGUAGCUGGUCUCAGGGCCCUGUCACCGGACAUCAAGACGCUUGGAAUUGGAAUGCAAACCCUUUUGGCUAGGGUGCUCGGGUUUAUCCCGGCGCCUAUCUACAUCGGAGCGCUGAUCGACUCGUCCUGCGAGCUGUGGUCCUCCAGCUGCGGCGUGCGGGGCGCCUGUCUCCUGUACGACAUGCCGCUCAACCGCCUCCUGUUCGUCGGUGUUCAGGCCCUGCUCACAGCUGCCAGCAUCAUCCUUCUGUGCGUCGCCAUUCACCUCUACAAUCGCCGAGAGGCUGCCGAGGGGAAAUCUCAGGCACCGGGUUUGACUACGAGAGAUAUUGCUACAUCGAUGGGGUCUUUGGCUUCCUCCAUUCCUUCACUGACAAACGUCGGUGUGCGCAACCGUAACGGAUACAUGUAACUCAAACCUAUAGCUAGCUAACACCACAAAAAUUUAUUUCAGAUGAAACAGUUUCUAAAUGAUAGUAACAAUACUAGAGAGGCAACAGUUUUCGCAAAAUGCAGAAUGCUUUACCGUAGCCUUUUGUCAAGCUACUCGCUCACAGUGAUAUAUAUCAUUAUGCUCGUAUUAUAGUAUAGUACUGUGUGCGAGUUUAAAAACAAUAUCUUCUUGAAUGUGUAUUGGACCUCAUUAUCAAUAUUAUUGUGCCAUACAAUAAGGCACGUCCAAUAGUAAUUUGUGUGAGUAAAAAUUGUCAUAUAUUGGAAAUUAUAGUGAUACCAUACG